AAAUCUUAAAGUUAAGGAUCAAAAUUAGUAUUUAACUUCUUUUUUUUUGUUAUUAGUUAAAAUUACAAAGGUACCCCUUCCCUCUUCUUUCUCUUCCAGUUCUGUUUCUCUCAAUGCCAAUGUUCUUCUCCCCCUUCUGCGGUAUAUGGGUGCUCUUAUUCUUUCCUUUCUCUUCCCCCUUCUCUCUCUGUUGUUCUCGUUCUCCCUUCUCUCAUGUCGCAAUCUUCAUCAGGCCAGCCUUGCUCUCGUGGCGCGAGGGCAGUGGCACGAGGAAACGCAGAUCUGGAUUUGCUCAUUGUUGCGAACCUAGAUAUGAGUUCAGUCCCUUGGUUUUCUCUCAAAUACUGUUGUUACAAGAGCAGGGCAGAUGCGGGUCAAUUAUUUUGCCAGAUAAGAGAACAUAAUGUCUUAUACCCAGAUCUGAGGAUUGAGUCUGGCUUUGGUAAAGUAGAGGAGGGUCGGUUUCCAUGGGCCAAUCUCUGGUUUGCUUGUCUUAAUCCAGCAAAAAUUCGGAUCAAAGCCACCACUUUCCCAAAAAUUCUUGCUAAUUUUCUGUUUGUUUCUUGAGAAAUUUAAAUGAUUUUCAUUAUGAUAACACUAGAGUGGGAGAAAUAAAUGUCGGAAAAGGGA